UUUUGGGGGGUGAAGCAGUCUGAUUUCUGAGGUAAAGCACAAAACCUGAAAAUUGGAAGGUUUACACACAGUUUCCCUGAUUUCAUUUAGAUGUCAUUGCCUUUAAUCUGUUGAGGGUACCGGUACUGUACUUUCUGAGCUUUUGAUGAACAAAAAUGUUUAUUAUGCUUAAACUCAAAUCAAUAUUUUGCUGAACAGCAGAUUUCAUUAGUUACACCUCGCUAGUACCCACUUGGCUUGGUGUUAAUUCUCUGUGGCACCGAUUCAACAAGCUGCUGAAAACGUUCCUCAGAGUUUGUUUGAUAUUGACAUGAUGGCAUCACAUCAUCACACACAAUUUACUGCAGAUGUCAGCUGACCCGUGGUGCAAAUCGGUUCCCAAAAAGUGCUCUACUGGACUGAGAUCUUGUGACUUUGGCGCUCAUUUGAGUACACUGAACUCCCUGUCACAGUCUAAAAACACUUUUAAAUGAUUUGAGCUUCAUGACACGGUGAGUCAACCUUCUGGAAGCAGUCAUCAGAAGGUGUGUUUUCACUCUGAAAUAAGUGAUCAGACUGUGGGUUUAAAUGAUGGCCAACUGAUACCAGCUGAUACUGAGGGCCCCUUCUGCUUCAAAGUUCAACACAUUGAACAUUCAGACGUGCUCUUCUGCAUACCUUAGUUGUAACAUGUGGUUGUUUGAGUUACUGUUGCCUUCCUAUCAGCUGGAAGCACUCCAGCUAUUGUCCUCUGACAUUAAUGAGACAUUUUCACCCACAGAAGUGCUGCUCACUGAAAUAUUUUCACUUUUUCUGUAAAACCCUCUGCAAAUCCGGUUGUGCUUAUAACUGGUAAAUUGGUGCCAUAAAGUAAUUGUGCAGCUGGUGGUGAUCCAAAAGACUAAUGCACUGGGGUUACACAGUAAAAGUAACCUCCCAGGCCUUACAGGUAAUGCUGCAGGAGUGUAUAAAGCAUGGUGGUAAAAGCAGAGCAGAGUUGGGGCUUAAAUGCUUCACUAAGAAGCUUACCAUUCCCUCUCUGUCCCUCACUGACAAUCCUCUUCACUAGAAAACAUCCACUUAGAUCUCCAGAGACAAGCAGCUGCUCUACAGAGGGGGAAAAGUAUUUUGUAAGGUGUGCUGGUGAUCCUCUGCAGCCAUGUGUGACCAGACUUUCGUGGCGGCCACUUUUGGCCCCUGCGACAGCUGCAGUAAACCGAGUCCUCUGAUGAACAUCUACAUUAAGAACGAGGCCACCAACUACUGCUCCCUCUGUGUGGAAAUGAUGGCUUGUCAGGGGCUCCAAAAAGGGGAAACCCUGGAGUCACUGAAGAGGGAGAGCGAGACUCUGAAGAAGAAGCUGGAGGAGGAGCGAAACAAGCUGAACGACGUGGAGUUGCACCAGGUGGCAGAGAAGGUUGAAGUGUUGAGUGCUCUCUCCAUAAAGACCAGACGUGUACUGAAGGGUCACGGGAACAAGGUGCUGUGUAUGGACUGGUGCAAAGACAAGCGACGCAUGGUCAGCUCAUCACAGGACGGAAAAGUGAUCGUCUGGGAUGCAUUCACUCUUAAUAAGGAGCAUGGAGUUCCCCUGCCGUGCACGUGGGUGCUGGCGUGUGCUUAUGCCCCCUCGGGCUGUGCUAUAGCAUGCGGUGGCCUGGAUAACAAGUGCUCAGUCAUCCCGUUGUCUCUGGACAAAAAUGAGAACUUGGCUGCGAAGAAGAAGUCGGUUGCUAUGCACACCAACUAUGUGUCAGGCUGCUCCUUCACCAACUCUGACAUGCAGCUCCUGACCUCCAGUGGCGAUGGCACAUGUGCAUUGUGGGAUGUGGAGAGCGGGCAGCUGCUGCAGAGUUUCCACGGUCACACAGCUGAUGUCCUGUCCCUGGACCUCGCCCCAUCUGAGACUGGAAACACUUUUGUCUCUGGGGGCUGUGAUAUGAAGGCCAAUGUGUGGGACAUGCGCUCUGGACAGAACAUUCAAUCUUUCGAGAGCCACGAGUCUGACAUCAACUGCGUGAAGUACUACCCCAGUGGAGAUGCAUUUGCAUCUGCCUCUGAUGAUGCGACGUGCCGUUUCUAUGACUUGAGAGCUGACCGUGAAGUGGCAGUCUACCAGAAGGACAGCAUCAUAUUUGGCGCUUCCACCUGUGACUUCUCUCUGAGCGGCCGUCUGCUCUUCGCUGGUUAUAAUGACUACGCUAUCAAUGUAUGGGAUGUUUUGAAGGGGACUCGUGCCACCAUAUUGUUUGGUCACGAGAACCGUGUUAGCAGAGUGAGAGUGUCACCUGAUGGCACAGCGCUCUGUUCAGCUUCCUGGGAUAGCACUUUACGGGUUUGGGCCUAGAGUUUUUAUCGUGGUAGUUUCCAACAAAGGUAUCUACAUUUGGUGGCCAAUAAUCCCAAAGCCCAGCCUGAAAUAUUAGCACUACUUCAGGUGUGUAUUGAAGAAACCUUCAGUCAGCCAAGCCCUCAGAUGUCUCUGAAUGAAAAUAUUCAAUAAUAUCUAUAAAGUGGAUAUUUGUUUAAGCAGAUGUUGGUAUUCCCAGUCUUUGUUAUUGUUACCCUGAUGACUGAUGCUAAAUAAAUAUGUUAUUUUUUAACAUAGUGUGAAAUAUGUAUUCCUGUAAAGAGCCAAAUAACCUUUAGAAAUCAUCUGCAUGAUCAAACUUGUGUGUCAUACUGCAAACAAUAUUACCGAUUGUCAUGUAAAUAAUGCCCACUGUCACUUUUCUUAAGAAGCUGUAGUUGCACAUGCUGUUAAAUGUGUUGUGUAUAUUGUCUCUACUUUUUUGGUAUUUUGCUGUAGCUGAUGUCAUGAUUAAACACAAGAAAAGAAAUUUGAA